AUGGCCGACGUCUACGAUGGCUACGGCGAGGGCCGCAUCGGUUCACCCCGAUCACCCACCCGGCCCCACAGCAUGCGACGCCGACAGAGUAUGCAGGUGCUUGAGCUUGAGAAUAAGGUAGAGCAGCUGCUGGCUGAGAAUCGAAUGCUCACCGAGGCCCGCGCCAUGGCUGAGACGAGCAUCAGCCAGCGGGCCGCCUCCACCUUAGCUGACCGUGACGGCGAGAUCGACAGUCUCAAGCAGACUCUGCAGUACCUCCAAAACGAAGUCUCUCGCCUGACCGAGGUGAAUAUUGGCCUCACCAGUGCUAAUGCAGAGCUGGCAAACAAGGAGACGGGCCGUGUCGCCGACCUCGAGGCCCGAAACGCGAACGCCACACGCGAGCUCUCCGAGGUUCGACGCGCCCGAAAAACGACCGAACAAACUCUAGAAGCCAAGGACGCAGAGAUUGCCGCGUUGCGUGCCAAACUCAAUUCCGCCAAAGAAAAGAUCCGUGAUCUGCAGCGUCAGAUUCUCGAAACCAAGGCUGCUGACGACGCCUUCCUUAACAUCCGCGACGAAGAUCACUUUGAUCACCGUUGCCAACAACUAUGCUCCCAUGUCCAGCAAUGGGUGCUCCGAUUUUCCAAGUUCUCCGACAUGCGAGCUUGCCGCCUGACAAGCGAGAUCAAUGACGAGAAGAUAAUUGACCGCCUCGACAAUGCCGUCCUGGACGGCUCCGAUGUCGACAUUUACCUUCGGGACCGAGUAAAGCGACGCGACAUCUUCAUGUCCAUGACCAUGCAUAUGGUUUGGGAGUUCAUCUUUACCCGCUACCUGUUUGGCAUGGACCGAGAGCAGAGACAGAAGCUCAAGUCGCUUGAGAAGCUGCUGACCGAGGUCGGCCCUCCCGAGGCGGUUCGCCGAUGGCGAGCCGUCACCCUUACUUUGCUGUCGAAGCGUGACAGCUUUAAACGCCAACGCGAUCUGGAUACAGAGGCCGUUGUCCAGGCCAUCUUCCAGACGCUUUGCAAGAUCCUCCCCCCACCGUCAAACCUAGAGGAUCAGAUUCAAUCUCAGCUACGACGCGUCAUGAGAGAGGCUGUUGGUCUCUCGAUCGAGAUGCGUACGCAAAAAGCUGAAUACAUGAUGCUACCGCCUCUGCGUCCCGAGUACGACGCAGAUGGCGAGCUUGCCGCCACUGUUUCGUUCAAUGCAUCCAUGAUGAACGAGCGCAGUGGCAGCGUUACCAUGUCCAACGAGGACCUCGAGGCUCAAGGAGCCAUUAUCCGAGUUGUUCUCUUCCCACUGGUCGUCAAGAAGGGAGACGACAAUGGACGGGGCGACGAAGAGAUCGUCGUCUGUCCCGCUCAGGUGCUCAUUGCUCGGUCCAAGAGCAUCUAUCCCGCCUCGAGCGACGGCGGCAAUGCCUCUGCUGGCGCGCGAAGCCACAUCAGCGUCACGACAGAGAGCAUGGUGCCGCAGCCCGCUGAGGCGGAGUAUCUAGAAGGGGGGAUUUAG